AUGUCAGAACAUCAGUCAGACGUCCUGUUGUUUCAUUCAAUAAAUUCAAAUAUACAAACGAAGAUUCAUCGAACAAAAAUUUUCUUAAAACUUUUAUCUAAUGGACAUAUAUUUGUUGAUUGGAGUGAUUUACCAAAACAUAAAACAAUUCGACAAUAUGUUAUACAUUAUAAAAGUUUAAAUAAUAAUCAAAGUUAUGCUAUACGUGUAUCACGUAACAAACGAACCGCUGUUUUAGAAAAAAUUGAAUCAGGACAUUUAUAUGAAAUACAUGUAUGUACUGUUGAUGAAUCAAAUCGAAUAUUAACUUCAAGUGAAUGUGUACAAAUACAAACGAUUGAAAUGAAUGAUGCACCAAGACUUCGUGUGAGUAAAUCAACACCAGACUUCAUUAUACUUGAAUGGGAAAAAUCUGAUAAUGUUAAAUUAUCUGAUAUUGAAUCAUAUAAAUUAAUAAUAAAUGAUGAAGCUAAAGUUAUGUUACCAUCAACAGAAAAUACAUAUGUUGUUAAUGAUGGUAAAUUUGGAAAAAGAUAUAUUUUUCGAUUAGAAAUGACUCGAAAAGAUAAGAAAGUAAUUUCAUCACCUUCAGUUAAAUUUAAGUGGCCUGGAGUAACUAUACCAAAACUUCAUGCUUUUGUAAAUGGUAAUGAUGAAUUAAUUAUUUGUUGGGGAGAUUCAACAUCGAUCAAUGAUGGAAAUAUUGAAUCUUAUACGCUUCAUUUGUAUGAUUCUGAAGGUCGUUUAUUAAAUCAGAUUGGACCAAAUUCUGCUGAAUGUCGUCAAGUAUGGAUAAGAGAUAUGAUAAAAGGUGUUUAUUUUUAUGUUCUGGAAAUACACCUUACUAAUUCAAAUAAAUCACUUCAUACAAAACCUAAGAAAAUUGAAUGUGGAAGAGAAUCUAGUAUACCAAUAUUAACAUGUGAUUAUAGUGAUGAAAAUAAUCAAAAACAAUUAGUUAAUAUGGCUUAUCAUUUAAUUAAUAUUCGUUAUAAUAUGAAAUCAAAACGUUUGUUUGAAAAAUGUGAAAAUCAACUUAAACAAGUACUUUCAACUUUAAAUAAUUUCACAGAUUCUCUUCAUCUUAAAUUAUCUAUUGAAUCAAAAUCAUAUGAUAAUAUUCCAAAAAGUUAUUAUUUAAUUAUUGAUGGUCGAGAAAAUCCAGCACCUAUACCUAAUUUUAUUAAAGAUUUUCCAUUAGAAUUACCUCGACGAGAUAAACCUUAUGCAAUAGCUGUUUCAGUAGCACCAGCUUUAUUUGGAACAAAAUCAAAAACAGUUUUAGUUGAAACACCUAAUCAAUUUUCAUUCUUUUGUACUCAUUUUCAUCAACAACGAUCUAUUAAAAGUUGUUCAUAUAUGGAAACAUUAUCAUAUGAAAAACAAGUACAACGACCAAUACAUCAAGGUCUUAUAAAAUCUCCCAAAAUGAUGACUACUAUUCAAGUUUAUGAUUUAAAUAAAAAUCAAAUAAUUUCAUUACCAUUAUCAAUCCAAACAUCUCGAUUAAGUAUAAUUUUAUUUUAUAUAAAUGAAUGUAUACCAUCAAAAAUGCAUCUUAAUUAUUUUUCUAAUUAUGCUUUAUCUCAUAAUGGACAAUAUAAUUUUAUAUCAAUUAAUUGUAAUCAAAAUGAUAUUGAUGAUUUAAUAACUUUAACUAAAAAUUUAACAAAUAUUCAAUGUUAUACUGAUUUUUCAUCAGAAGAUUUUCGAUAUGAACAAAAUAAAAAUGAAAAACCAUUACAUGAAUUAUUAUCAAUUGAUGGUGUACCUUCAUAUUUUAUCUUAGAUUUUUCAGGUAAAUUAAUUGAAAUUCAAUAUACAAAUAUCGCAUCACAUUGUACAUAUUUAGGUCAUAUUGUUUGGAGAGGACGUUUAUGUACUCCAAAUCAAUUAAAAUAUGAUGAAGCUAUGGAUCAUAUAAUUUCUGGAGUUAAUAAAUUUCAAUGUUCAACAAAAAAUUGUGAACUUUGUUACUAUUAUUCAAUGAAUGAUACUUCUAUUGAUUUAGAAUUAAAUAAUGCAGCAAGAAAUCUUCAAUCAAUUAUGCAACAACAAUCAGAACAAAAUGCAUAUAAACAAUUAGAAAAAGGAAAAUAUAAUCGAACACGACGAAUUAUAUCGAUGAAAAAUAAAUCAAUUAAAAUGAAUGAUACUGAAUAG